AUGCAAUGCUAUGCUGCGCUGGCACGACUCGGACCUAGAUUGAUACCCAAGACAUUCCUUGUGCCUGCUGCAGCCAUGUCAACCGCUGCUGAGCCCGUCCGAAAAGCUAUGCCUUCCGCAUUGACUUUUGAUCGUCACGCGAAAUGUUCGACUACGAAAGCCCGCGCGAGUACCCUCCACCUUCCCCACGGCUCCGUGCCUCUGCCGAUUUUUAUGCCUGUCGCAACGCAAGCGUCUCUAAAAGGCUUGACAUAUGACCAGUUGCGCGAAACAGGGUGUAUGCUCUGCUUGAACAAUACGUAUCAUCUUGGCUUGAAACCUGGACAAGAGGUGUUGGAUGCUGUAGGUGGUGCUCAUAAGUUCCAAGGAUGGGAUCGUAAUCUUUUGACCGACAGUGGCGGCUUCCAAAUGGUUUCGCUACUUAAGCUUGCUACUGUCACCGAGGAAGGCGUGCGUUUCCUCAGUCCUCAUGAUGGAUCGCCUAUGCUUCUCACCCCCGAACACUCUAUAUCUCUACAAAAUUCUAUCGGCUCAGAUAUCAUCAUGCAACUAGACGAUGUGAUCGCGACCACAUCCCCAGAUCAUGCCCGAAUCAAGGAAGCUAUGGACCGUUCAGUGCGUUGGUUAGAUCGGUGCAUUGAUGCGCAUAAAUACCCCGAAAGGCAGAAUUUGUUCUGCAUUAUCCAAGGUGGCCUCGACCUGGAGCUUCGGAAACAAUGCUGCGAAGAAAUGGUGGCUCGAGAUACCCCAGGAAUUGCGAUCGGAGGGUUGUCUGGAGGUGAAGCCAAGGAGGAAUUCUGUAAGGUCGUCGACACAUGCACAGGGUUACUUCCCGAGAAUAAGCCCCGAUAUGUGAUGGGAGUCGGAUACCCUGAAGACAUUGUCGUCGCAGUCGCUCUUGGUGCAGACAUGUUCGACUGUGUGUGGCCCACACGCACUGCGCGUUUCGGCAAUGCCAUCGUGGAUGCAGGCACCUUGAAUCUUCGCCAUCAAAAAUACGCACACGACUUCUCGCCUAUCGACGAAGGCUGUGACUGUGUUUGCUGCCGUCCGACUGAUAAAGGUGGCCUCGGCGUCACCAAGGCAUAUAUUCACCAUGUCACUGCGAAAGAGACCGUUGGUGCUCAUCUGCUCACUCAGCACAAUGUGCAUUAUAUGUUAAAAUUGAUGGUUGAUGUGCGCCAGGCUAUCAUAGAAGACCGGUAUCCGGCUUUCCUUCGCCGGUUCUUCUCUAAUAUCUACAACGGAGAUAAGACAAAGUACCCCGAGUGGGCUAUCGGCGCUCUUCGUGGUGUUGGUAUGGAUCUUUUGGAGGAUUAG